AUGGAGAAGACGUAUACCUGCUCAAAAUGUGGGAAGAGCUUCAAUGAGAAAGCCAAACUUAUGGUGCAUGAAAUCAAUCACAAAAUUGAGAAGCAAAAUUCAUGCUCUGAGUGUGGCAAAUGUUUCCGUGACCAAUCUGCCCUUCUGAGAGUGCACGUCGGUAAAAAGGUCUUCUCAUGUUCUGAAUGUUGGAAGUGCUUUUCCCAGGAGUCCUACUUGCUCAAACAUCAACGGAUCCACUCUGGAGAGAAGCCAUUUUCAUGUUCUGAAUGUGGGAAAAGUUUUGCUGAGAAAGGGAAAUAUAUUGCCCAUCAAAGGUACCACCAAGGGAAACCAUUCAAAUGCUCAGAGUGUGGGAAAAGUUUCACACUGAAGAGGGGCCUUAUUGACCAUGAGAGAAUUCACACAGGAGAACGCCCAUUUGUUUGCUCCGAAUGCGGAAAAUGUUUUGCCCUGAGGUCCAGCCUUACUAGACAUCGGAGAGUGCACACUGGGACAAAGCCAUACGUGUGCUCAAAGUGCGGGAAGCGUUUUCUUCUCAGGUCCUAUCUUACCAGCCAUCAAAAAGUCCACUCAGGGGAGAAGCCUUAUUCCUGCCCCGAGUGCGGCAAACGUUUUGCGGUAAAAUCAGGUUUCACCCGACACCAGAAAGUCCACAGUGCCGAGAGGCCGUUUUCGUGCUCGCAGUGCGGGAAGUGUUUCCAGUGGAAGUCGUCCCUUGACUAUCAUAAGAAGACACACGAUGUGGAAAAGCCUUUUGCGUGUUCUGAAUGUGGAAAGUUUUUCAACAAGAGAGCAGAUCUCAAUGUACAUCUCCGAAUCCACACCGGGGAGAAGCCUUACUCUUGUUCAGAAUGCGGGAAAAGCUUUUCGAGGAAACGUUACCUUAUUGAACAUCAGAAAACUCACACGGGCCAGGACCUUUACUCCUGUUCAGAGUGCGGGAAAUGUUUUACCCGGAGGCCAAACCUUAUUUUGCACCACAAGACUCACACAGGAGAGAAGCCGUAUUCAUGUUCAGAAUGCGGGAAGUCUUUUAUAUACAAGACUCAUCUUGUUACUCACCAGCGAACUCAUACGGGGGAGAAGCCCUAUUCUUGCACCGAGUGCGGAAAGUCCUUUAAAGACAGGUCGUAUUUUAUCAGCCACCAAAAGGUUCACACGGGGGAGAAGCCUUACGCCUGCACCGAGUGCGGGAAAAGCUUCAAGUGGAAAUCAAACCUGGUGACCCACCAGAGAACGCACACAGGGGAGCGGCCCUACUCCUGCACAGAGUGCGGAAAGUGCUUUCCGGACAAAGCGUAUCUCAUCGCCCAUCAAAAACUUCACUCGGGGGAGAAGCCCUAUCCUUGUCCUGAGUGUGGCAAAUGUUUUUCGGUCAAAUCGAACCUUAUUAAGCAUAGGGAACGGAUUCACACGGGAGUGAAGCCAUAUUGCUGCUCCGAAUGUGGCAAAUGUUUCUCCCACAAAAUAUCUCUCAUCACACACGAGUCAUUUCACACAGGGGUGAAGCCGUUCUUCUGUACCGAAUGCGGGAAACAGUUUUCCCGAAAGUCAGUCCUUAUCCUUCAUGAGAGGGUUCACACAGGCGAGAAGCCAUAUCCGUGCCCAGAGUGCGGGAAGUGUUUCUCGCAGAGGACUCAUCUGAACACGCACAGGAGGAGCCACACGUCGGAGAGGCCUUUCUCCUGCUCGGAGUGUGGGAAGACCUAUUCCCGGAAAUCGUACCUUGUCGACCAUCUCAGGACCCACACGGGGGCGAAGCCUUACUCGUGCUCUGUGUGUGGGAAGUGUUUCUCCUGCAAGUCGAAUUUAAUCACUCACCAGACGAUCCACAGCAGCAAGAAGCCUUUCUCGUGUGCCCAGUGCGGAAAGUGUUUUCAGACAAGGUCGGCCUUCACAUAUCAUAAGAAAUUGCAUGCGGCAGAUAAGCUUCCUCUGUGCUGA